GUUUUGCUCGAAGUGGUACAGCAUGUGUUUGCAAUAUCAUCGCAAGCAUCUACCGUUCCGCGAAAUCUUCCGUAGAUGGGAUCGACGGCGUGCACCUGGGUUCUUUUGUGCAUAUUUGCAUUUCUUUCAGUGUGGGCCAUUAACUUUUCUCAGUGCAGCCCGCUACACGCAAGUGAUGGCUACCACGGAAUGUCUAAACAAGAUGCGGAUGACGUUCUUGAGUUUUCCUGGGUACCAUGUAUAUGCAUCUGCGUCCAGAUCCGACAGCCUACAACUCCUGGAAGCAAACUGACGUGGACUUAUCAUAUGCUACCCUGUGAGGAAGCAUCAACUGUUCCGUGUACCCUCAAAGACUGUACCCACGGCAGUGUGCCCCACCACGCACGCCGUUUCCGGAGAAGCGCCAUCAGUGACAUUGCAAAGUUCAUUCAGGUGGCGAUACCGGGAGGAGACAAAUUGCUAGACACUCUCUACAGUGCAACCAAAGGAAAAGUUGGCGUCAAAAAGGAGAACAUCCUUGAAUAAAGCACUGCCCAACAAUGA